GACAAGGUUCCUGGCGGUGAGGGCAAGGUUCCUGGCGGUGAGGACAAGGUUCCUGACGGUGAGGACAAGGUUCCUGCCGCUGAGGACAAGGUUCCUGGCGGUGAGGACAAGAUUCUUGGCGGUGAGAACAACGUUCCUGGCGCUGAGGACAAGGUUCCUGGCGCUGAGGACAAUGUUCCUGGCGGUGAGGACAAGGUUCUUGGCGGUGAGGACAAGGCUUCUGGCGCUGAGGACAAGGUUCCUGGCGGUGAGGACAAGGUUCCUGACGGUGAGGACAAGGUUCCUGGCGGUGAGGACAAAGUUCCUGGCGGUGAGGACAAGGUUCCUGACGGUGAGGACAAGGUACCUGGCGCUGAGGAAAAGGUUCCUGGCGCUGAGGACAACGUUUCUGGCGCUGAGGACAAGGUUCCUGCCGCUGAGGACAACGUUCCUGCCGCUGAGGACAAGGUUCCUGGCCCUGAGGACAAGGUUCCUGGCGGUGAGGACAAGGUUACUGGCGGUGAGGACAAGGUUCCUGGCGCUGAGGACAAGAUUCCUGCCGCAGACGACAAGGUUCCUGGCGCUGAGGACAAGGUUCUUGGCGUUGAGAACAAGGUACCUGGCGCUGAGGACAAGGUUGCUGCCGCUGAGGACAAAGUUCCUGGCGGUGAGGAGAAGGUUCCUGGCAGUGAGGACAAGGUUCUUGGACAUAAAAAGCAAGUUUUUCCGGCUGUGUAAGCGAAAAAGACGUGAAAGUUAUUAUUAUGCGUUUUCGAAUAUUAUGUUCUAUCGACUUCCAAGGACCCUUGUGUCAAAAACUAGAAUUUGAUACGGUCUGAAAAUUGCAUUUUUGGAAUCUACGUUAAAUACGCUUUCUGUCGAUGCCUCAUUCUUCCAUAAAUAGACAGUUCGUGGACAUAAAAAGCAAGUUUUUCCAGCUGUAUAAACGAAAAAGACGUGAAAGUUAUUAUUAUGCGUUUUCGAAAAUUUUUAUUAUGCGUUUUCUUUCGCGGUGUUGCACCGACUUAUAGCACGAUUGGCGAGGUGUUGUUCCCCCAAACAAUAGAUGUGCGACGUAGGACGUUGUUGGACAUGCGCACUUCAAUGCUUUAGUGCGUACGAGCAUGCGCAUUUUAUCAUUCAACGUCCCACAAGUGAAAUAGCAUAUGUUUUUGUAUAAAUUCUCUGAGUGCAUGAGAUAUUUGGCUGUUCAUCCAGCAAAUCCUUAGGCGUCGGAUGAUACAUUUUUGACGGGCCUCUGAGGUAUUGACUGGUAGUUUCUUUCUCACUUGGAGACAGUAGGUCCCGGGGAUUAUAUAAAUGUAUAAUCCCGGCGUUUGUGACUUUGAAGAGAGGUGAAUAAUUUGCGGUAGACUUCCAACAACGAGCAAGUGGUCGUAGUGGUAACGAUAUCGGACUUUAGAAGCCAAUGUCGUGUAUCAGGAUCGGUUUGAGGACGAAUGAAAGAAUAAUGAAGAAAAAAAGAUGGCUAAAGAAUACAUAAGAAAAUGACAGCUGGGCAAAUGUUUGGAGAGAAUACCACCAAUAUAUGAAAUUAAUCUUUAGUACUUACCAUAGUUGGCGCAUGCGCGGUGGACUUAGAAUAUGACAGCGGGUGGGAAGGCAGGGAGGAAGAAGGGGCAGGUUCCCCGGGGAAGGCAGGAAAAAUUUACUAA